AACCAGCCCUCGACCUCUGCUUGAGGGUCCUUCCUCUGAAGACAUCACCAGUGUGUGGAGCCUGCCCCACACCCACCCCCUGCCAAACCACGGCCUUUACCUGUGUCUUCCGGUGUUUCCCGUGCGACCCAUCCUGUGGGAGUGCCUCGUGGGCCGCUCCAGAGUUCACCCCACGCUCAGCGGCGCCAAUGGUGAAGAUGACAAGAUCCAAGACUUUCCAGGCAUAUCUGCCCUCCUGCCACAGAACCUACAGCUGCAUUCACUGCAGAGCCCACUUGGCCAAUCAUGAUGAACUCAUUUCCAAGUCGUUCCAAGGAAGUCAAGGACGAGCAUACCUCUUUAACUCAGUAGUUAAUGUGGGCUGCGGGCCUGCAGAAGAGCGAGUGUUGCUAACAGGACUCCAUGCAGUCGCAGACAUUUACUGUGAAAACUGCAAAACCACUCUGGGCUGGAAAUAUGAACAUGCCUUUGAAAGCAGCCAGAAAUAUAAAGAAGGCAAAUACAUCAUUGAGCUAGCACACAUGAUCAAGGACAAUGGCUGGGACUGAUCGGAGGGUAUCCACCUAACCCAGUGUCCACGUGAACACCAUCCAACCGAACAUUCUACCCAAGCGUGAGAGAGUGACUGAACACUUGGUUCCAUCCAUUUAGGGGCCUUGCCAUCUGGGGCAUUCUCCCACCCUGACGCCGUCUUUCUGGUGACCGGCCUCUAAAUCGCUGUCUCUCUGUCUCUUUGCUUUGUAUCUGUUUGUGAGUUGAUCCUGGCUUCUCUCUCUGUUCUAGUGUUGGCUGAAAACAAAACAACGAAAGGAACAGAUGCCUGACCACAUGGCGGCAACCCACCUUGAUAAGGGCCCUAGGGCCCAUGUAAGAGCUGCCUGAUGGCCUCUUGUCAGGAGAGCAGUGGCACAGCAUGGGGGUGUGAGGUAGAGAGGAAGGGGGAGCCUUGGGGGUCCCAGGGGUGGGCAGGGGAUGGGCCGUUAGAGGUAGGAACAAAAUUGUGCUGCUCCCGGGGUCCCGGUAACGUAGGCUUGAAAUAAUCGACUUGUCUAAAAGGACAAAGAGGAAAAAAAAAAUACCUCAUGACUGCAUUCUCUCUGAUCAGAAGCUUCUGUUCCUGACACCGACUGUGCCAGGUUAGCUUGUGCGAACGCAAGAACUGGCCCUAACUGUAGGGGCGCAGGGGCCUGGUUCUCCUGGGCUGAGUUGGGGGUGUUGUGGAGGCAGAGAGUGAAAAGCCCAGGUGGUUUUAGUAACUCUGAUGCCUCACUGCUCCUUCGGGUUAUCUUUGCCUCUUCAGCCACCGUAGGUGAGAAGAGGGGGACUGCCAUUUGCAAUGGGUGCAAGAUCCAAACAUCCCAAAGGCUCUGGCCACCAACCAACUAAAAUCAGUAAUCGAGGAGGACAGGGACCAAAGGGGGGCAGUAGUUUGGGAGCUCCUGCAGAAAUGGCUCAGAUACCGGGCCAGAAAAAAUAAAAAGUAGAACCAGUUAGGAAUUCUGACUGUCUAACCUUUUUUCCUGACCCUUAGUAAGAGAAGAGCCUUGUGACAAGGAAGGGGGUGGGGUGGGGCAAUGCUGGGAAUAGCUUAGAUUUGAACCAUUACAGGUUAGUGCAUCUUUCCCCUUUGGUAUGCAAAGGCUUCAGUGAGAUCAGCAUUUCUUUGUACAUAGAGUUUUGGGUGUUUUUCUCCAGUUCUAUCAAAGUCCCAAGGCUUUGAGCUUAGUGAUAACCUGGCCAGUAGAUUCGUCAUGCCCCUAGCUGUUCUCCUUGGACUGGAAUGCUUUGUGUGGAGAGAAAUUGUCAGAGCGGUCCAGCAGUGGGGAGGGCCUAGGUAUGAUAUCCAACGUCAAGUUACAAAUUCCAGUAUUAGCCCCUGCCUCCCAUCCAUCUCACAAACCAAACCAAAGUUCAUUAUAUUAGGGAAACAGAGAAAAGAUCCUUAAUAAGGCUUAUGAGAGCAAGGAGUUUGUUAGUUAACCAACACUGUGACGUGUAUUCUACCAACAGGUAAGCCAGUACACGGUGCACGAUGAAACUCGUUUAACCGAGUUAAUUUUAUUGCUUAGACCGAAAAUGUAAUUAAUGUUAAGAUAUGUGCAGGUUAUGUUAGGUAAUUCUCAGCAUCUCAUUUCUCUAAGUAGGCUGACCCUAUAGGAAAAUUAACCUUAAAAGUCACAGAAGAGUGAGUUCAUAGAGGCAAGAAUCUGUAAAAUUGAUUGAUCAGGAUUCAAGCAGCCAACCAGGGACAUUUCCAGAAUUCAGACAAAUUCCCGUAGGGAGUGAGUCCAUGGUGGAAAUGCCUUUUCAUGUUUCUGUGGGCUGAUUGCAGAAGGGGGGACCUGAGGUAGGCGUGGCCCUUCCCUGGAGGGUGACGGAUGGCAGGACUGACAGGAAGCUGGGUGGCUCCAGGUAGACUGCUUCUGUGACACAGAAGGAUUCCUAGAAAUUGAAUCUUGUUCUCAGAGGCUUUUUACUCACAUUUUUUGGUACUUUAGCAACCCUGGGAGAUUAAGUGCUCCCCACAUUACUAAAAAGCAGACUGAAGUUCAGAAGAAGUAUUUCAUUUAUGCUCCCAGAGAAAGAGCUCUUCUGGCUCCCAGGGCCAAGAUCUCAAUAAAAAGCAUUUUCAACUUUCACAUUCCUAAGAUGGCUUGCCAGCACAAAAAUCGUAGAUCCCCCUUUCUGUCUGCCCUGAAGGUAGUGGCCUUCACUUAGAGAUUUUGAUUAGCCCCUUUGCUCAGGGAACGUCCUGGCUGUUGAUGCUCCUUUCCAUAGAAAGAAAAUGGGGGUUAAGCACGGGUAGGUGUUCUGUCUUUGAGACUGAAAAUGGAGUGUGGUGACAUAGAAACCAGACAUGGGGUGCCCUAGAAUUUUCAAGGGGCAGAGGAGACUGAUGUGCCACUGUUCUUCCUUGGGGAUAAGGCCUCUGACUGUUGCAUGGAUCAGAGGAGGCUCCAGUUAGACCCAGGUUCUGGUUUUUUCUUUUUUUUUCCCCCCAGUUCUUACCCAUUGAGCAUCCAAUGGGUGUGUGGCACCAUACUUGGUGCGAAAGAUCUGAGUAGAAUGUUGGUUUUCUGUAACUACAGGGGAAAAAAAAAACAACUCAUUAGGCUUUCCCUCUGUGUCAAUGAAACCAAAAGUGCUUCUUAUAACCUUAGCUCCAUUCAUGGCUUGUCUACCUAACAUCUAGCAGUAUUGGAGAGACCGCAGCUGAGUGAUGGAGACGCAUCAACUCGUGGCCUCAGUCAGUUCAUUCUUUAAUUUCCUCACCAAAUUAUUGACUCAGAGCAUAACCAAAGACCUCAUCCAUUCACCCCUGGCGGGUUCAGGGAAUUGGAGUUUGACUGUAAAGCCUAGGCAGGGCGCAGGGAGUAGGGCAGGGGAAAGGGUGAAGUGAGAAAGGCAAAUACAGUGAAGUUCUGUACCUCAGCCAGCAGCUGCCUUCAUUUGCAACUGAAGUCCAGCUGGCAGACUCUCUAGGUCCAUCUCCCCUGUGCCAUCCUAGGUCAUGUGGCCUCGGUGGCCCUGGAUUACACCCAGACCCCAGGAUGUUAGUCUCAGGCUGCUGACGGGUUGAUUUGACAUGAAUCGAAUACAGCCAGACUUGAUGCCCACAGAUUGUCAACUGGGCCUUGACUGAGUGCUGCCCCGACUCCGAGACAGCAAGAUCAUGGAGAUAGGAUAGAGUAAAUCUUGACUGGUGGGUCAGUGUGUGAAAAAGAGGUGUCCCCUUUAUAAAAAGAUUUUCAAAUGGAUAUAUAUAUGAAAAAAGUUGCUUGUGAAAUAUACUUUUGUAAAUAAUAUUUAAUUUUUUAAAUAAUAUAUUUGGUGCUGUUUUCUCAGAUCCCCUGAGAGCACUUUUUAUUUUCAUUUUUAAAUUCUAUGGUUUCCUCUGCAUUUCUUGAAGUAUAUUUUAAGGGAAACAGUGAUCACCAAUAUACUCUUUUAAAAAAAAAGAUCUGUAUCACUUUAGUCUGGACAGAGGCAAUGCCUCUCUGCAUUUUUUUUCCAGAUGGAGCAGACUCUGCAGUACAUUACCAGGUUGAGAAUUGAAAUAUUUUCUUGCACCAGUAUUUGCUAGAAAAGAAAAUAAAUAAAAUCAGAUUUAGUAACAGCUUAGUGAUUCCUCUUGUUGGAAGAAUUUCCAACAAAUCGGAAUCUUGUUUUUAAUGCGUGUGUGUGUGUGUGUGUGUGUGUGUGUGUGUGUGUGUGUGUGUAAAAAGCACUUUGGACUGUGCCUCCUGUUUUCUUUUAUUGGGGACACUAUACCUACAGUUUACACCUUGGGCACAUAAGGCUUUCUUCUCUUUCUCUCUGCUUGUUUUGUUUCUGAGUGGACCAACAGCACAAACCAUGAGGAUUUUGUUUUUCUGAGCAUGGAGCUAUUGCCACUUUGCUCCUUUUUCUUUGUGUGCUCAACUCUCCCAGAUUGUAAAGGAAAUCUGUUGUUUGUGAAGAUCAAGCAGAGUCAGGUCUGUGUGUUUCUGAGAUGUGAGUGUACUCCUUAUGUACCCCAGGGUUCCAGUGGUUGUAGAAGCCACAUUGUUAACUGGUUUGGGUUGAAAGAACAUCGGUAAAAUAAUACACAUACCUUGUAGGUAAACAGUUUAUAUUUUAAGGUCAGAUUGCCUCAGGUUCAGGAAGAGGCUGGGAAAUCAAAUCUUGAACACAAUCAACUUACAUAUUUUAACAAAGAGUCUGCCUCAAAUGAGAAAACAAGCUAGUGGUCAAGGUAGAGGAAAGAAAUGUUUCAUUUUCUCAAGCAAAAUACAGUCAUGAAAUCUGCCAGCAGUGAAAGGAAAAGCCAAGAAGAAACAAGCUAUUCCCAUCACCAAAUUCGAUCUGCCUGUAUAUUUUUAUAUAACAUUUUGGUGAAAGUGAGAGUCGGUUCCCUUUUCCAACCUGCAGAGACGAUCUUUCAGUACGGAAUCUCUACUUAUGCUUGUGUUUACAAACUGUAUUUGUUGGGUUUGGGUUUUGUUACUUUCCCCUUUUUUUUUUUUUUUUGGUGGCAUUUUUCAGGUCACUUUGCUUCAAUAACAAAGAUAAUUAUUUUCAAAUAAUUUGUCUUCACCUUUUCCUGUAUUUGUACAUAGUGAUUCAGUAUUAGAGAAAAGUGCAUUGUUUCUGUCCUAUUUCCAAUCUGUGUUGGUGCUCAUUUGAGAAAAUAAAGUUUUCAAAUAUUC